UAGCAGCGAGGACAAGGGACUUGGCUCAGUGUUAAAUAUCUGCUGAGCUGCCCGAAGGUUCUGAGAUGACGAUAGGGGGAAUGGAGAACGUGGAGGUCUUCACUUCUGAGGGCAAAGGCAGGGGUCUGAAGGCCACUAAGGAGUUCUGGGCUGCUGACGUCAUCUUUGCCGAGCGGGCUUAUUCCGCAGUGGUCUUUGACAGCCUUGUGAAUGUUGUGUGCCAUACCUGCUUCCAGAGGCAGGAGAAGCUCCAUCGCUGCGGGCAGUGCAAAUUUGCCCAUUACUGUGACCGCACCUGCCAGAAGGAUGCUUGGCUGAACCACAAGAACGAGUGUUCGGCCAUCAAGAGAUACGGGAAGGUGCCCAAUGAGAACAUCAGGCUGGCGGCGCGCGUCAUGUGGCGCGUGGAGAGAGAGGGCAGCGGGCUCACGGAGGGCUGCCUGGUCUCCGUGGACGACCUGCAGAACCACGUGGAGCACUUCGGGGAGGAGGCACGGAAAGAGCUGCGCGGGGACGUGGACACUUUCCUGCUGUACUGGCCGCCCCAGAGCCAGCAGUUCAGCAUGCAGUACAUCUCGCGGAUCUUCGGCGUGAUUAACUGCAAUGGUUUCACGCUCAGUGACCAGAGAGGCCUGCAGGCAGUGGGUGUGGGCAUCUUCCCCAACCUGGGCCUGGUGAACCAUGACUGUUGGCCCAACUGCACGGUCAUAUUUAACAACGGCAAUCAUGAGGCAGUGAAAUCCAUGUUUCACACCCAGAUGAGAAUUGAACUCCGGGCCCUGGGCAAGAUCUCAGAAGGAGAGGAGCUGACCGUGUCCUAUAUCGACUUCCUUAACGUCAGCGAAGAACGCAAGAAGCAGCUGAAGAGGCAGUACUACUUUGACUGCACGUGUGAGCACUGCCAGAGAGGGCUGAAGGACGAGCUCUUCUUGGGUGUGAAAGACGACCCGAAGCCCUCCCAGGAGGUGGUGAAGGAGAUGAUACAGUUCUCCAAGGAUACGCUGGAAAAAAUUGACAAGGCUCGCUCUGAGGGUUUGUACCACGAGGUUGUGAAAUUAUGCCGGAAGUGCCUGCAGAAGCAAGAGACAGUGUUUGCUGACACCAACAUCUACCUGCUGCGCAUGCUGAGCACCGUUUCCGAGGUCCUCUCCUACCUGCAGGCCUUUGAGGAGGCCUCACACUACGCCAGGAGGAUGGUGGAUGGCUACAUGAAGCUGUAUCACCCCAACAAUGCCCAGCUGGGCAUGGCCAUCAUGCGGGCAGGGCUGACCAACUGGCAUGCCGGCAACAUUGAGGUGGGGCACAGCAUGAUCUGCAAAGCCUACGCCAUUCUCCUGGUGACACACGGACCCUCCCACCCCAUCACCAAGGACUUAGAGGCCAUGCGGAUGCAGACGGAGAUGGAGCUGCGCAUGUUCCACCAGAACGAGUUCAUGUACCACAAGAUGCGCGAGGCCGCCCUGAACAACCAGCCCAUGCAGGUCAUGGCUGAACCCAGCAAUGAGCCGGCGCCGGCUCUGUUCCACAAGAAGCAAUGAGGACCUGCCUGGUGGGAGAGGGGCGCCGUGGCUGGAGAACUGGGGAGACAUUCUGGAGGUGGUGGGUUUCUGGGGAGACCCUUGAUGAGGAAAUCAGCAUAAAGCUCAGCCCUGUUGCUGCGGGAAUGUCCUACUCUUUUUUCCCAGUGUCAUUUCGGUUCGUUUCAACUCUGUUCAAUUCAAUUUAACCCUAUCCCAGACCAGUCCAACUCCUCCUACGAAUAUUUAUUGGGGUAAAUAUUUAUAGGGAUAAAGAAGCUCCAAAUGUAGCUGGAGAGGCAAAAUGUAAACAAUUAAAGCACAGUGUGAUAAUAAAUGCAAUGGUAAACUCUAUGGAGAGAGGGGGUACAGUGGAGGGCGUGUGUCUGGUGUAUGUGUAUGUGUGUGUGUGUAGUGGUGAGGGUGUCAUGGAGGAGAUGACAUCUGAGCUAAGGGUGGCAGGUACCUGGAGUCUCAGGUGGCCGCUCACCUAUCUGUGCAGGUGUCUCUGGAAUAUUCAGGGUUUGCUGACUGGGAUGUUGGGUGAUGUUCAGUUUCCUCGGGUGAGUGUGGAGUUAUGAAGAAGAGGCUGUCUUUGGGCCUUUUAGGUCCUACUCAGAGAACUGAAACUUCUUCAGAAGGGCACGUAUGCAGAAGGAGGGCUUUGCCCAAACCACUUGAGGCCUCAGUUUAAAGUCUGGGUUCCCAGCAUUAUUCUGAAACUACUUCUAGAACACAGAGAGGGAGUGUUUCCUUUCCACACCCUCCCUGCCAAGCCUUGUGAUUCCCGUGACGCGGGGCUACUUGGAUAAUAGCUGAGAUUUUUCUGGCCAUUGGCCUCCUAGGAUUGAAGAAGUCUCUUCAGGGUGAAGUUGAGGGAGAAACUUGGAAACCCACAUACCUGAUGAUCAUGGGUCCAGCGGAAUUGGCCUUUGCGUCUUUUAUUUUGUCACAUGUGCCUGGGUGGUCUUUACCAGCUUAGACUUCAUCACUGGCCCCCAGUAAAUCUCUAUUUUUUAGUAAUGAAUCAUUAUGACUUGCCUUGCU